UGCCUUUUCCCACUUUGAAAGGACAGAAGACUUGGUGCAUGGAUGGGGAACUGGAAGGGAGGGCUCAUGGAAGGGAGUCACCAGUGCUGCAAGGACCAGAAGGCACCCUAGAGGCCACGGGUGAAGAUGGACUCUGGGAGAGUUUCCAGCUUCUGCAAAUGGACAUGGACUGCGAGCGCCAAGACGGAGAAGGGCUCCCCACGGGCAGCACAGCCUGGUGCUCGAAAAAUGUCCAGAGAAAACAGAGACAUUGGGAAAGGAUAGUUGCAGCAAAGAAGAGCAAAAGAAAACAAGAAAAAGAAAGAAGAAAAGCCAAUCGUGCAGAAAAUCCAGGCAUUUGCCCCCAGCACAGCAAACGUUUUCUGAGAGCCCUGACCAAAGAGAAACUUUUGGAGGCCAAACACUCAGGACCAAGACUAUGUGUGGAUUUGAGUAUGACCAACCACAUGACAAAGAAGGAAUUGAGUAGGCUGGCUGGACAGAUCCGAAGGUUGUACGGUUCAAACAGAAAAGCUGACAGGCCCUUUUGGAUCUACCUCACUGGAUUCACAAGUGACAGUCCUCUCUACAAAGAAUGUUUGAGGAUGAAUGAUGGAUUUUCUACUUACCUGCUAGACAUAACCGAAGACGACUGCUUUAGUUUAUUUCCUCUGGAAACCCUUGUGUACCUGACUCCUGAUUCCGAACACGCUCUUGAAGAAAUUGACCUAAACAAAGUUUACAUUCUUGGUGGGCUUGUGGAUGAAAGCAUUCAGAAGAAGGUAACAUUUCAAAAGGCCUGGGAGCACUCUGUCAAGACAGCCCGUUUGCCAAUCCAAGAAUACAUGGUUAGGUGCCAGAAUGAGAAAAACUAUCAUUCAGAGAUACUGGCUAUCAAUCAAGUAUUUGAUAUUCUGUCCACUUACUUUGAGACUCACAACUGGCCUGAAGCAUUGAAGAAAGGAGUAUCAUCAGGAAAGGGCUAUGUUCUUCGGAAUUCAGUGGAAUGAUGGGUAGCUACAGGAGGUGAAGUUCCAGAGAUGUCUUGAUAAAAGAACAGGGUAAAAGGUGGCAGUGGCAUUUGCCUUUACUUGACAUCCUCCAUGUUUGUAGUAUAGGCUAAUAUCAGGGACCAUGUUUUAUCCACAGUGCCUAGUUCACAGGAACUUUCCUGCUGAAUGUCAAGUUUAUAAAACGUUUACAUAGCCAGGUGCUGGUGGUUCACACUUGUAAU